AACACACACAAAACAUGGAGAAUAAACCAUCACACUUUUCAGCUCUCUUAUUCCUUCUAAUUUCCCUUGUGUUAUUUUCCACUGCAAAUUGUGGCAUUGUUACUUAUUGGGGCCAAGGUAUCCAAGAUGAAGGUACAUUAACAGAAGCAUGUAACUCAGGACUUUAUGAAACUGUUAUCAUAGCAUUCCUAAGUGAAUUUGGGAAUUCUAAAAGUCCAAAAUUGAAUCUAGCAGGUCACUGUAACACUGUUCCUAAUUGCCCAAAAGUUGGCAAAGGCAUAAAACAUUGCCAUAAGAAAAAGGUCAAAGUCUUGCUCUCAAUUGGAGGUGCUAAAGGAGGCUAUGGAUUAUCAUCUGCUGCUGAUGCCAACCAAUUAGCAGAUUACUUAUGGAAUAACUUCUUGGGGGGACACUCAAGUUCAAGGCCAUUUGGUGAUGCUAUAUUGGAUGGAAUUGACUUUGACAUAGAAGGUAAUAGUGAACACCCAGAAAACUAUGCAGUGCUAGCUAGGAAGCUAAGAGAAUACAUGGACAAGAACACAUGGAAAAAGUUCUACCUAAGUGCUGCACCACAAUGUCCAUUCCCUGAUCAUAACCAAAAUCCAGCACUCUCCAAAGUUCAUUUCGACCUUGUCUUCAUUCAGUUCUACAACAACCCUGAUUGCCAAGUUGGCUCAAAGGCCUCAAGCCACUUCCGAAGAAGCUGGAAUAAGUGGACUAAAACCAUAAAAGCUCACAAGUUCUAUGUUGGCCUCCUCGCCACGCCGGAUGCUGGCACCGGUUACGUGACGCCGAAGACCGUCUUAAAUGAAGUUUUGCCUUUUGUCAAGAAAUCGCCCAAGUAUGGAGGAGUCAUGCUGUGGAAUAGAGGACUGGACAAAAAAAGUGGAUUUAGUGCCAAAAUACAUGAUAGUGUUAAUAAAUAAAUAAUCGUCUUAUCGGAUAUAAAGGAUAUGUCCGAUAAGAUGCUAGUAGUUAAUUAUUAAAAUUUAAAUAAACACCGAUUCUUAGGAAUGGUUUAAUAUAAUUAGGAUUUAAGUCGGUGUCUAAGUUAAAACUAUAUGUUCCUCACUAGUAUACCGAAGAUAAUUAAAGCUUAAAUUUGCCCUUUAUUAGUAUCAGUUAGGGCAUCUUGCUUUCAAGUAUUUAUAUAUUAUCUUUUGUACUCUUAUAUUGCUAAAAAUUACUAAAUCCAGUGUUUAUGUGAAAAUAUAUAAUGCAUG